AUGGCGCCGAGUGCCAAAGUCUCCGAGGCUCUGGCCAGUGUCGCGAAGCUCUCCAGCGACCAAGGCCCCGCCUUCGAGAGCAUCCUCGCCCAGAUCCAAGACAUAUCGUCGCCCUCCACCGCCGCCGACGACCUGGUCGCCAUUGCCGAGGCCAUAUUCAACAAUUCCCUCGGUGUAGUCGCCACCCGAUCUGUCCUCAACACCUUCAUCUCCACUCUCAAGGGGCUCGGGAACAAGCAGGACCUCUGGAUCGAUGUCGGCACCCGCACCCUCGUCCUCCUCAACGCACAGCCCUCGGCCUUCCCCGACGCUAUUGCCAUAGUCCAGGAGCUUGUGGCUACAGCUCACGAGGAGAAUGAAGACUUCGUCGAAGCCGCCAGGACCCUGUCCGAGAUCCUCCUCGAUAGCUCACAGCGCCAGGUCUCGGUCAAGCACAAGGCCGAGAUCUGGAUCCGCAUUGUCCGCAACUACCUCGAGGUUGACGACUCCACCUCGGCCGAGACGUAUAUCAACAAGCUGAAGAACAUUAUGCACCAGAUCGAGGACUCCGACCUUACCCUCCACUUCAAGCUCUCCCAGGCUCGAAUCCAGGACGCCAAGCGUGACUUCCUCUCUGCUGCCAACAAGUAUCACGAGCUGAGCUUCUCUUCAGCCAUCGCCGAGGAGGAGCGUCUCCAUACGCUUAGUAUGGCCGCCAAGUGCGCCAUCCUGGCCCCCGCCGGUCCCAUGAGGAGUCGAACCCUGGGACGACUUUACAAGGACGAGCGGUCUGUUCAGCUACCGGAAUUUGGAAUCCUGGAGAAGAUCUUCCUCGACCGCCUCUUGUCCGCGGAGGAAGUGGACAAGUUCGCCCAGGAACUUCAGCCUCAUCAGCUGGCCACGACGUCGGAUGGCUCGACGGUUCUCGCCAAGGCUGUGGUGGACCACAACCUUCUCGGAGCUUCGAGGCUAUACAAUAAUAUCGGGUUCGAGGCGUUGGGAUCGCUUCUUGGUCUUGGACCUGAAAAGGCCGAGGAGACGACCGCAAGGAUGAUCGAGCAGGGUCGUCUGGUCGGACGUAUUGACCAGCUUGAUAAUAUAGUAUACUUUGAGCGAGGUGAGGCGUCCGGAGAGAAGGGUAGUGGCCGUGCAGAGGUCACUGUGGGCAAGGAGUUGCGCCAGUGGGAUGCCAAUGUCGAGAGUCUGUCGGAGGAGCUUGAAAACAUCACGAAUGCGCUGCAUCAGCGGUUCCCAAAAUUCGUCGAGACACAUCUUGCUACCUAG